UAACGAGAAACCUGGAAGCGCUCCAUGCGAUAAUCACUAUCAUCCUGCGACAGUAAGAACGGUUUCUCACGAAAUUUUCACACUGGUUGUAUUUUCUCUAUUUUAUCAUUUUAUUGCUUUCAUCCUGCCGAGAAUGGAUCGUCUUCUUGUAACUGCAGCUAUUGUUUGUGUGCUAGCUUAUUCCUUACCCGUUUAUCGUGCCUGCGGCACACGGCCGAAAUUCACUAUCGAGAAAAUCAAUCAGAUCCUGGACGAAGCUAAACAAUGCAGCCACAACGGAACCCUCCAUCUGAACGGAUACGGGAGCCCUGCGAACCCUGACGAAUAUCCUUCGGCGGAAUUCCCGCCGUCGACCAAGAUUUUUCGAGCGCCCGAAGGCGGCACCGUGGUGAUUCCCUGCGACAACCGCGUCAACCAGAACAACUCGCAGGUUUCCCACGUCAAGAUUCCGCCGGCGUUUACGAAAAACGGAUAUCACAUCCCUAUCCCAACUGUCGACAAAAUCGCCGGCCCAGACGUGCCGAGAGCGCCCAUGUACAUCUGCAACUGCGGAAAAAAAUACGAUCCUCUGGAUCUCGUUGGGUGGGAGAACAAGACGGUGCGAGAGUACGAUCUGGCAACCGGCGCGUUCUCCAUCCAUCUACCCGCGUUCUCGCACGCCUACACCGGGCUGUACGAGUGCCUGCAUUCCGACGGGCAGCAGCUGGUGGUGACGCAGCGCUACUGGGUCACGCCGCAGCUCUCCCGCAACGAAGUCUUCACGCCGCCCAUGAACAACGUCAGUGUCCGCCUCGGCGACCCCGCGGAGAUGGCGUGUGUAGUGCGCUUUCAUGCGCUUCCUGGAUUACUGGGCGACCGGUUUCUAUGGCGCAAGGGACACGACCUGCUCUACGCGCGAUCCGUCAAGGACUUCGCCAGCAGAGUCACGCAUUUCAGCGGGAUCUUUCAGUUCGGCUUGCAUGACCACUGCUCGUGCAAUUCGACUAUGAAGAUUGUCCGCGUAGGUCGGGAACAUGCCGGACGCUAUGAUUGCUGGUUCCGCACCGACGAUCGUCUCGACGAAUGGAUUGUGCAGGAAGCGUAUCUGCACUUAGUUUAACUGGUGGAUCUUGUCAGCGAAUUGCUGACUGCUGGUUGACUUUUUUCUUUAUACGAGAAGGAACUCUGACUUCAUUUGGUCUACCUUCGGCGCUGUUGAAUGCACUUUGAUGACAUGUACAACUGUACAAGUACGGUGUUUUUUCGUUCUAUCGG